ACAACUUUUAUUAGUAAACAUCUAAACAAAAAAGAAAAGAAAAAAAGAAUGGGUGUCAUCACUUGUGAAACAAAUACUAUUUCCUCAAUUCCACCAGCAAAAUUGUUUAAAGCUUCUGUUCUUGAUGCUGACAUUCUAAUCCCUAAAAUCCUUCCACAAGCUAUCAAGAAUGUUGAAAUCCUCCAUGGUGAUGGUGGUGUUGGUACUAUCAAGUUGAUCACCUUCGGCGACGGUAGCCAAUUCAAGAAUAUGAAGCAAAGGGUUGAUGGAGUUGACAAAGAGAACUACACAUACAACUACACAAUCAUUGAAGGAGAUGCUUUAAUGGAUGUUCUUGAAUCAAUUUCUUAUAAUAUUAAAAUUGAACCAUAUGAAAAUGGAGGGUCAAUUUGCAAGAACACUAGCACUUAUCACACUAAGGGUGAUGUUCAAAUCAAAGAAGAGGACAUUAAGGCUGGCAAAGAGAAGGCUGUUGGACUAUUCAAGGCUAUAGAGGCUUACCUCCUAGCAAAUCCUGAUGCUUAUUAAUUUAUGUAGUCAUAGGCGGGCGGAUCUAGUGUGGGUUCAGUUGGUUCAUAUGCAAACUAAUUUAUCUUUACCUAAACUGCGUAUUCAGAGAUGAAUCUAGUGCGGAUUUCAGUGAGCUAAUUUGAAAACUAUUGAUUUUGACCUGAAUUGCGUUCUCAAAGUUAAGGUUCAUUUAAUUUGAACCUACUGAAUUUAGAUCUUGAAUUCGUCUCUGGCUUGUUGACAAAAAAAAGCAAAAAUUGUGUAUUGUCAUUGGUGUGUCUUUUAGUUUCUUGUAUUGUGUGGUGGUCAAUUUUUAUCUUUUUGUUGUUAUUUACUUGAAAUUUGCCAAGGAAUAAAACUCAUCUGUAUGUUGUCUA